GGCGGCGGCUCCGGAAGUGCGGCAGCCCCUCCUGCCCCUGGUGCAGCGGCGCGGCGCUGCGGGCCGUCCAUGGCUGCGGCACCCUCGUCCGCCGCUCCCAAGCCGCCGACGAAGAACUCCUGAGGCGGCAGCGGCUGCGGUAUCCCACAUACACCAGCGAUGAUGUGGCUUCAGGCUCUGCACAGAACACGUUGUCCAGAAGAGCUAAAAGCCUGAAAUCAGCUGUUUCCUUUCAUUGUAUUGCCCUUUCCCGUUUGGGAGAAGAGCCAUGAAGAACCGUUCCUCAUCUCCCCCUUUGCACGUCCAUGUGGAUGAAAACACCCCUGUCCAUGUCCAUAUUAAAAAGGGUCAGAAAACCACCCCUGCAAAACGCCAGUCAAAACACAAGCAGAAAAUGAAAGGAGAUACCGUGAAUGUGUGCCGAUCUGUCCGGGCGAAAACUAAGGCCCCAUGGGUGCCCCCAGGCAAAACAUCUGUCCAUGAGUCCACCUGCAAGUGGGAGGGACCAACUCACCGCCUAGAAAUUACACCUCCAGACUCAGAAAAAUUGCUGUCAGUAUUGCGCCUGAGUGACCUCUCUACAGAUGAGGAGGACGCUGUUUGUGGCAAAAUGAAUGAAUACGAAAGGAAAAUAAACAGCCUGAUGAACACGGUGGGAACACUGAAGAAUGAGGUCAAGCUGCAAAAAAGGGAGGACCAGCAGCAAAUGGCAAAGCGUCUCCUUGAGGAGCAGAAAGAAGAACUGAAUGAGGUCUCGCAAGAGCUGGCAGAAACAGAACACGAGAAUAUAGUGCUCAGGCGCAAUAUCGAGCGUAUAAAGGAAGAGAAAGAACUGACUAUGCUACAGAAGAAAUACUUGCUGGAAGAGAAGGAGUGUUUGAUGACCAAGCUGAGCGAGGCAGAGAGAGAUGGAGCAGCCGCAGGCAGGCAGAUCCUUGCCUUGAAAAAUACAAUCGAGAGACUCAACAAGGAGAAACACAUGAGCAGUUCAGACAUUAACGCACUGAUAAGACAAAAAGAGCUUUUGCUCCAGAAAUUGAGCACCUUCGAAGAAAGCAACCAGACACUACGAGACCUUCUCAGAGAGCAGCAGAACCGGGAGAAGGAAGCUCAGAAGGUUCUGGAGCGUCAGAGAACGCUGCUCAAAAUGCUGGAUGACUCAGAUGCAGAGAAAGCGGAACUUCAGUUUAGGCUACAGGAGAAAGUAAAACAAGUGGAUAAUCUCACCGCUGAGAUACAAUCAGAAAAGGACCAGGCAAGGACGGCAUCUGAACUCUCCAAAUCUAUGGAGGCUGUGAGAGGCCAUUUACAAGCGCAGCUGCGAAAUAAGGAAGCGGAGAACAACCGGCUGACCAUCCGGAUACAGAACCUGGAGCGCAGUGAAGCUCAGCAUAAGGCGGAGGUGGACUCUAUCAUGGAACAACUGAAAGACCUCAGGCAGAAGGGAGACCGUGAUAAAGAGGCCCUGAAAAAAGCCGUCCGUGCCCAAAAAGAGCGGGCAGAGCAGAGUGAAGAGUAUGCAGAGCAAUUGUCUGCCCAGCUAGCAGAGAAGGACAAUUACGUUGCUGAGGCGCUGUCAACGAUGGAGUCCUGGAGGGGCCGCUACAACAAAGUAGUAAAGGACAAGGGUGACCUCGAAAUGGAACUCGUGACGCUGAACAGCCGUGUUGAAGACCUGCAGCAACAGCAAACGGUCCUGGAGGAGAAGAUGAGGGAGGACAGAGAUGCUUUGAUGGACAAAUUGAACCAACAGGCUACGGAGACAGCUGCCUUCAAAAUGGAGAAUGAAAAGCUAAAGGCUAAUGUGGGCCCAGUAGAAGAAAAGCUGACCCAAGCGCAGAAUGAAGUGGAGGAGCUCAAGAACUCUGUCAAGAACUAUGAAGGGUUGAUCGAAACCUACAAGUCACAGCUGUUGAAGAACCGAAUGGAAACAGAUGAAUUGAUGGCGAAGCUGGAGCAGUGUGAUAAAGAGAACAAGACCCUGAGGGAGGAAAUGAACAAGGGGGUUGAUCAGGCGCGUAAGCAGUAUGAGAACCAGCUUACUGAGCUGGAGAAGCUUCCUGACAUCCUUAAGAUCACAGAGACACAGCUGGCACAAUGUCAGGACCAGCUUCAGAGUUACGAGAAGAAGAACAUGGAGCUGUCUGUCAUGAUCGCAGACCUUCGUCAGCGGAUUGAGCUCCAGGGAGACAAAAUGGAGAUGACAAGAGAGAGGUAUCAGUCUGCCCAGGAGGAGAAAAAGCAGCUCACCUUGAAGGUGGAGGAGCUAGAAAGAAAACUAGAGACAACGAAUGCCCAGAACAUAGAAUUCCUUCAGGUCAUAGCAAAACGUGAGGAGUCGAUCCACCAGUAUCAGUUGCGGUUAGAGGAGAAGAGCCGAGAAUGCAGCUCCUUGGCACGUCAGCUGGAAAUGGCCAUCGAGGAUGCCAAAAGACAAGUGGAACAAGCUCGAGAACGAGCAACGUCUAGAGAGAGAGCAGCCCAGUCCAAGAUGUUGGACUUGGAGACGCAGCUGAGUAGGAAUAAAACCGAGCUGAACCAGUUGCGUCGGAGCAAAGACGAUGCAGAGCGCCGAUACGAAAGCCGCUUACAGGAUUUAAAGGAUCGCUUGGAGCAGUCGGAGAGCACCAACCGCAGCAUGCAGAACUACGUCCAGUUCCUCAAGUCUUCCUACGCCAACGUUUUUGGAGAAAGUGCCUUCCUGGGCUCCCCCAGCCGCUCUCGUGCUUCUCCAUGAGGACAACGCUCUCCCUGCACCUUUGCUGCUCAGCACAAAAGGAGAGAAUUUCAAAGCCAUAUGUUUUUUAGGAACAGGUUGGGAUUUCAGGGUCACUAUUACGAGACAUUUUUCUCUUUUCCUUGCAGCAUGAGGUGAUCGAACGAUGGUGGCGUGUGUCCUAAGGUAGGCAGUGUCAGCAGUACCCAUUUGGUGUUGGUUGUUGGCAUUGCACCGUGAACUGUGCCCUGAACCCGCGUGGGUUUGGGUCCUUUUCAUCCUCUAAGGUCCUGAUGGUUUCAGCUCUUAAAACCUGUCAGUGGUUGGUUGAGCAUUUUAAUGUUUAGAAGAACUCUUUUUCCUUUUUGUGCUGCUUUUUUCAUUCUGUUUCUGUGUUGCAGAGAUCAUGUGGAGGUUUUUGUUUGUUUGUUUUAAUUUUUUAAACUACUGAACCUUGUAUCAAUACAUUCAAUGAUAGGAUGGUGGGAGAGGAUGCUGGUCCACCCGCCAGCAGCGUGAAGCUGAAAAUAACUUAAGUGCCUGGACUCUAAACCUUCAAGAGAUUAUCUCCUGAACAACCACAGUGUUUGUAAAUGGUUUUAUACCAGAAAUAAUUAUUGUUAUUUUUUUCCACUUGAUUCUUGUAUACUCUCUGACCCUCACCUUCUCCUGAGCGUGUUGCUAAUGUUGCUUUACUCCUCUCACCCUGGUUUCCUGAUCCUGAAUAUCCCCAGGACUGAGCCAAAACCAGCUGCAUGCAAAGGAGAUUGCGGUUCAACCUCAGUGGCCUUUCAGUUGAGGUCUUGGAGUGGGUGCCACACGAGUUCAGGGUGAGCCUGAAACACUGAACUGGUCGUAAGCCAAUUAAAGAGCAGCUACGGUUGGUUACUCAACUUGCUUACUCCCCUUCAUUGAACCAGACCCCACCAACUCCUGCAAAUCAGGUCUUCGGUUAUUGGGUCCCUAGAACCCAUGUGCUCUCUAGUGCCCUGUUCUUUCCAAGAAAUGGUUCUUCUGGGGGCAAAAAUAAGCGUUGCUUUUAUUUUGAUCUCUUUUGUAUCCUAUUUAUGUGCGAUGUGGUCAUUGGGUGGUAUUUGUCACAAAGCUUUUCUAAGUGAAUCAGUUUUUUGAGAGUUCUGUAAUUGUGGGUGUGUAUAACAAUUUUAAAAUCCUAACGGUGCUACGGUAAAGCAAACAAUAAAUACAUUUUAAUUGAUUA